AGGAGCCGCAGCGUCCUGUUUUGGCUUUCUGUAAAGCAAAAAGGAUUUUAGAAAUGUUCUCGGAGCGACUGGAAGCUUUGAGAGAGCGAAACAAAAGUUUAAUAAAGCAGCUGAAGCUCCAGAGAGACACUCUGGAGCGACUGAGCGGCUGCAGGGACAGCCGGAAGAGGGAGCGAGAGGACGAGACGGAGGAGGCGAGACUGCAGGAGGAGAGAAGGCUGCAGGAGGACAGGAGACUGCGACAGGAGAGGAGACUGCUGGAGCAGGGCUGGACCCCACCGGAGGAGAGACCACCGGAGGAGCUGGUGACUGUGACCCGGGGACACGGCAGUCCUGCCCGGGCAGCCCUCGCUAAACCCUCCGUCAGAUUUGCUGAUAUUUGUGGAGACCAAACAGACAUCCAGGAAUCUGUCGCUCGGUCAUCUUUGUCUGGGAGACUCAGAGAAGGAAGUGCUGCAGAUUCAAAGCCAUCAGACCUGUUCAGAGACAGACAUCAACCUCCAGGCCACAGCGGGCCAGUCGACACCAAGACCUGUUCAGAAACUCACAGUAAAGACUGGAGCGGUGAGCAGAGUGGAGUCAGAUUCCAGUCUGAUGAGUGUGAAGAUGUACCAGCAACAGGCAGACAUCAUUUGCAGCCUUUGCUUGGAUAUGACUGGAUAGCAGGAGUCCUGGAUACUGAUGAGUCCUUGAUGGAGCGCUCUGACGACUUCUUCAAUGACCUGCGCGUGUUUCGCUCUCUCAAUAAAGAUGAGUGUGUGCGGACCACACACUCAGAAUUUUCUGAGGACAGCCUCCAGGACUCGGAGCAGCUGAGAGACAAGGACGCACCACAGGCCGACACACACACUCAUCAGUGUACGUUCUCCUAUCGGAUUAACAGCAGACUGUUCCCCGUCCCGCUCGGGCCUCAGGAAUGCUGUCCUGUGUGCAAACGGCACAAAUCCCGUCACCCUCACACGACCUCUGAGCCGGCGCUGGUCAGGGUCAGCAUCCCUCGCAGCGCCCUGCUGCCGCCUCACAGAUACAAACCUCACCGGCGGUGCAGCUUCGACCCCUCUGACAGUCUGGGGUUACCAUCGCACUGCCUGUCCGGCUGGUCGAACACGGGCCAAACCACUCUGCCACCGCCGAGCUGCCUGGAUCUGCACAGCAGUCUCGACGCCAAGGCCAGAGGAUCGAGCAGGGAACUGGAGAAUCUGUCUGAAGCCAGAAUGCCUGCUAACCGUGAUGAGAUCGCAGACGUGUCCCGCCUGGCUCGACACAACUUUCAACACUUCUCUGCAAAAAGAAAGGCGAGCAGCACAUCGUACCGUGUCUGCUGAAAAAUCAUCGGAAGUCUUUUUUUUCAUGUAUUUUCGUCAAUUGGAUGUGAAUAAAAUCGAGUUAAAUCAGCUUUUGAGUGAGAUAAAGUUUAGUAAGAGGAUAUCUUAUGUAAUAUAAGUGACUAUUUUAUAUCUGGCCGCCACACGCGACCGCCUGCAGCCUCGUGGCUGUGAAGCAAGACCAACUUGCGCCACAUUUGGAAUUGAAACAUGUGACACAUUUCCACGGUUUAAGAAAUGCAAAAUUUUUAUAAUAGAUCGGCAAAUUGCAACACAAGGGAAGUCGGUGUGAAUCCCAUAUCUGCCCAACGGCAGUGUGUGUGUGUGUCUGUUUGAGUGUGUUUACUUUAGCUCCCAGAUUCUCACACACUUCUGUUUUUUGACUUCCUGUAAAACUGCCUCACUGCCGGACUGAGACAGAGCUGAAACGCAGAAUGUGGCCGAUGGAGAAGCUGCUCUUUGCAGGAAACCGCGAGCCUUAUCGCACACGCUCACAAUCACUCCCAUGUCGGCGCUUCUGUUUUUUCAGUCCGUGACCUGAUUGAGGUCUGUUUGAAUGCUGGAUUCUUGUAGUUGAGUUUGGUGUAUUUUUAGUUCCUGCGGCCGUGUUGUGGCGAUUCGGCGGCGUUUAGAAGAUCCGUAUCACAAACCAUCAAGUCAAAGGAAAGUUCGGUCAUCUCAGAGCUCACAUGCCUUUUCCCAUUGAUCGGUUCCCAGCUGUUAUUAAUGGGAUCAUGGUGUUCUUGAAAGAUGUGCAAGCUCUGCACAAAAAGC